UAUAUCUAUCCACGUAGUCAACUCACAAAUACUCAGUCGACCUUCACUCCACCACACCAAGUUCAAGAGCAAUACGAGCAAAAUAAAUACGUGCCAAAAAAUUAUGGUUGACGAGACUGAAUUUUUGGAGGGGAGUGUCUUAAUUCCAAAGAUAUUUCCAGAUUUAGAUUGGGCCUGGUUUAACUCUGUCCCAAGAUGGUAUUGGACCUACUGGAGGAAAGUAGACUUGAUCCGCUCUGCCGCUUUCAUGAAGCAGAAAUCCGUCGCUGAAGUUACCAGUGAAGAUAUUGCGAACCCAAAUAACUGUAUGGAUAUGGAAUCGAAUUUGCUGCAUGGAUUUGGGUUGAAGGAUGUCCCAUUCAAGUUGGUUUUUGAUGAGGAGAAGACAAUGGUUUUUGGAGAAGACAAACAUCACGUCGUAUUUUCUGACAACGCGACUUUUGCUGUCGGAGUGACCACUUGGAAGGACGGGGAGACAUCGUGGGUCUGUUGGAAUACGAAGCAAAAUAUUGACGACGAUUUGAAGGAGAAGGUUGUGGAAGUGGUGACUGGUCUCGGAUUUAAAGCGGAGAUGGCGGUAGAGACAGUUUUCAAGGAAUGAUGACAUUUUUAAAGGUUCGAUUUGUCCAUGGGAUUUGGGAAGUUGAAAUUAAAAUGAUUUACGAUGAAUAUAUUUAUUUAUAAAGAAUUAAAGUUUUCGGAGUAAAUAAAUAAAUUCGGCGGUUAUUCAAAU